AUGGCAGAUGCAAUUUGUGAUCUAUCAAAUUUGAGUCAAUGGAAAUAUAUACAAUCGCAGUAUUCAUGGCUCAUUCUUGUUUUGAUCGUGAUCUAUAUCCUUAUUAAGCAAAAAACAAGCCAAAAAACAAUUCCGAUUCCAAGUUCAACACAAAAACAAGACACCAGCACAAAACAAGAUCCAGAAUAUUUCUUCCAUCUUACAGACGUUCAUGUCAACUCGCUUUUACCAAAUCUUCCUGAACAAUUAGAUUCUGCUUUAAAAGUUAUCAGUAAAUACGAUCCCGAAAUGCUCAUUAUUACCGGCGAUCUUGUUGACAACUGGGGAACAAACACAAUCCAUAAAUACGCCAAACAAUAUGCUCCAGAUCAUAAAAUUUAUAAAAAUAUUACAGAACCAUAUGGCAAGAAGAUCAAAUAUUUUAUAGACCAGCCUGGAAAUCAUGAUCUCUUUGCAGCAAAAAGCUUUGACUCUCAAGAAAACAACAUCUUAAAGUACAGUUAUUAUUAUUCAACUCACAAAGACAUUACGUUCGAAGAAUUCCAGCUUUCAUCAAAAGUAAUUGGAAAUACAACUUACAUCUUUGUAAAUCCCUUCAAUUAUCCAUCUCCAAGAGCAUUAUUUGAUUUCUUUGCUCAUCCAACAACAGAAUUACUUGAUAGACUGACAAAAACCAUCAAAAGCGUCCAAACAAAGCACAAAGUCAUUAUUACACACAUUCCUGCAGAUCUUUGGGACAAAUCUUGCAAAUCUUCUUCUGGUAAGUCAUACAUGGACAUUAUCAAAGAAAGUGAUGCAGAUCUUGUAAUAUCAGGCCAUUCCCAUCCAGUAUCUGCAGCACCAACCCACAGAAAUGGAGUUUUGGAAAUAUUUGGAUCAGAUUUGAGAGAACAUCGUGGAAUUGGACUUGUUACGCAAGAUAAUGGCGUUUUCGUUUACCAUUCCAUGAGCCUUUCAAACACUUCUCGCAUGUUCGUUAUCAAUCCUCAACCAUCCGACCAAUUAUCUCAAAAAUCUGUUUUCAAUGAAAAAUUUUCAAAAGUCAGAGUUCUUUUGUUUGGCGAUAAAAGUGACAUUUUUGUAAACCAUUCAAAAAUGUCAUUCAUUAAAGAAAUCAAGCCGAAUGUAUAUUUAUAUGAAAAAGAAGUCGAAUUACAGAACGGAUACAAUAAUUUAGAGAUUUCGUCAAAUGAUGAGAAGAAAACCGUAAAUGUUUACGUGGGAGAGAAGACAGAGUCCGUGAAAGAAGUUUUGUAUAACUAUUACAACAAAUUCUGCUCUUUUUCAACUUUAUUUUAUAUUUUAUUCCCAAUUUGCCUCUUUAUCCUGUUUCCGGUCCCAUUUGAGCACUAUUUCCAAUGUACAAAGGAUCUGAUGAUGAGAGAGAACAUUUGGAUCUAUUCUCCUCAAAUUUCAUUUUUCAAUAUUAUUGAAGAGACAUUUUUGGGAUUUGUAUCUGUCAGAUGGAGAAUAUUACGUCUCCCAUUACUAAUGCGCUCAAUAUUGUUCUUUGCCUGCUUAUCUCCGUUCUUCAUUCCAUUUGUUUUCAUCAAAAUCGAAGAUUUAACAGGAAUUGUGAUUAACUAUGGAAUGAUUGUUCGUGGAAACUACUUGCAUGAUAUCUGGGGAACAAUAUUCUCAGCUGUAUACGAAAUGGCCGUCAUUUGCCCUGCAAUUAUGUUGUCUUCAUCAAUUGCAACUUCUGAGAGUUUUUAUUUCGCGUUUUUCAUUGAUUUCACUUUUUGGCUUAUUUCAUUUUGUGUUUGUUUGAAGUUCUGCAACACUUAUGUCACAGAGACUGCAGGAACAAUUAGAGCAAACACAAGUCCUUUGUUUAUUUUCAUGCCUUUGAUUUUGCUCGGAUGCAUUGUAUUUUGUAAGUUUUAUGCAAAUCCAAGCAAACAGUCUGAGAGAUUGAUGUUCUUCCAGGAUCUCUCCAACUCUAACCAAAUAGAAUUGUAA